AUGGACCGGAAUCAACUACAGGCCAACCACGGUAGUACGUAAGACUACAACUGUUACGCGUAUGGUUAACAGAGCGCCAACAUCAACUAUCAACAAUGGCCUUGGUAACGUUCGGUUCGAACAGUUAGACCAGAUUCUCAGUCAGUUCGGUUCUGUGAAAGAAAUCUAAAUCGAAAAAUUCAGUCAACGAGAUGGACUUACGCAAGGCAUGCACAUCACGUUUGAUUCCACCCAACAAACGCGCAAUGUACUAGCUAAUUUAAUAUGCUUCGAUCUUAAAGGUUAUCAGCCAAAACUCGAACCAGCUAUGGAAAGGAGGAAUCGCAGUGGAAUAAGACCGAAGUACGUUACCUACGGUGCCCCAACGCCACCCUCACUAUUGGGAACAGACAGUUCGCCUUACGAAUACUAGUACAUAGCGAUAUGGUUGAAGCAAUAAUUGGUAGAGGAGGUUCGACGAUUAAAACAACAAAAGCCAAGGUUGAUGUUCAUCGUAAAGAUAAUGUCGGUUCUUUGGAAAAGCUACAACUAUUUAUGGCAAUCCAGAAAAUUCUAUAA